AAAAAUUUAUUUAAAAUACAAAUUUGAUCAGCAGUACAUCACAUAAGGACAUGCGUAAACUACUAAAUUGAUUAGAGGUGUUAUUAUAAUUGCCACUGUGUCCGGUAAAAAUAAUGAUUAAUUUUAGAUUGGGAGGAGUUAUAAAUAGGCUGACAAGCUAUGAAUACCAUUAGUUACCAAGAUGAGCAGUACAGGAAAGAAGGAGCUGGUCAUUGCAAAGAAGAUUGAGAAUGUUCUUUUCAUUGUUCUUCUUGUUGUGGUGCUGGGCUUAUUCACAGUUCCAAUAAUAGUCUACUAUAGAUCUACUUCAAAUAAGUAUGAUUCAGGCACCAAUAACAAUGGGAAUCUUAGCGAAGGAGCAAUCAACAACAAUAAUGUAAGCCAAAACUGCCCCAGACUAUCAUGGAGUCAGGAUAAUGAUGCCUCAGAAUGUCAUGAGUAUACUGGAACUGCUUGUAGAAACUUCUUACAUCAAUGGUUUCAAUGUACCAUUGGAGAAGGUGAAUUGAAUAUUGGAGUAAGUCAACAAGAACAAAAUCAACACGAACAGACAAUCGGAUCACUCAGUCCUUAUUUAGAACACUACAAGCAAUGUCAACAACAAUCAUCAGCUUUCAUAUGUCAAUAUUUCUUUCCACUUGCUGAUUGCUCAACUGGAAAAUCUUACAAGGCUACCAAGGAAGACUGCCUCCUCAUAAGUACAGGUGUUUGUUCAGACCUGUGGACACUAGCAAAUAGCUUUGGGUAUGGCUCACUCUUACCUGAUUGUUCUACACUGCCAAAUGCUAUCAACAAUUUAUCUUCUGUCAUGACUCCCAUUAAAAGCAUGAAUGAUACCAAUGGUACCAAUGGUAUAGUGUGCAGAGAAGAUUUUAUUAAAACAAAUUUAAUCUGUGAGCCAAGAUGUGACAGUUUUGAACAAAGCUCUCAUUUAGACACACAAAUACUGAUCCAUUCGGAAGUUGUUGCAACCAGUAUGGGCUUAAUUUUUUGCAUUGUCACAGUUGCUGUUGCUAUCAAGGAAUAUAAAACAUCGCUGGCAUAUCCUUCUGUAUUGGUGUUCUUUCAAGUCAUAGACAUGAUUGCAUAUGCCAUAUUACUAAUCAUAACUGCUAUUGAUCGGAAUGGACUAUACUGCAGUUCAGUUAGUCUAUUGGAGACACUUGAAAACCCAACACCUUUUUGUAAAUUUUCAGGAGUUGUGUUUCAUUAUGCUAUCGUAAAUAUGGCAUUAUGGUGGUUCUUUCAUGUUGCUAUAUUCUUUCACAAAGUAUUGUUUCCCUUCCAAGCAAAUAGAUUUGAAAAGCUGGGACAUAACAAGUACAUAUUUGCAACUGUAACUAUUUUGUCUCUACUACUUCCAUUGCCAGCUAUUAUCAUUUGCCUUACUGUUGAUAAAUUCAAAUAUAAUAUCCAUCGUUUCCCCACAACUCUUUGCAGCAGCAAUGGUGACAUGUGGUUCUAUUCUACAACACUUCCAAUAGAUUUACUAUUUACUGCUGGAGUUAUAAUGCUGAUUAUAGUUCUUUGGACUCUGAGAAAUAAAACAAUUUUUUUGAAAAAGAAAAGCCAUACUGAGCUUAGCACUGCUGAGAAAAAAAUCCUAUUGGUUUUUGCAUUCUUCAUUAUUUUUGGUAUUUUCAUAUUAGGGUAUGUCAGUGACAUAGAAGCAAAAUCUGGCAAAAUUAAAGUGGCUUUACGAGAAUACUUUGAAUGUGAAGCAUUUGGUCACAUCCCUGAAAAAUGUGAUAGAGGAACAUUUGAUAAGAUCUACAAUCCAUACAUGAGUUUCACUGCAUACAUGCUAAUGAGUUUGAUACCAUUGAGCGUUUUGAACUUCAUACUUAAGUGGAGGUCGGUUAAAAGUGCUGGAAAUAAAGUAAUAGCAUUGACAAAAAGGUAUUUAAACUUCUUAUAUCAUGAAGAAAAAUCAUUUGCAACUUCCUCUGAAAGUGCUCUUGGUGAUUUAUCAUCAAAAUCAUAGCAUAAAGACAUGAAAAUAAGUGAAUAAUUUGACUUUUAAUUACCCUUGAUGUUUACUUUUUGUUCUUUAUUGGACUUGCCAUGUGGGUGAGUAAUAGGUACUUUGGUUGUCCAU